GAACUAACCCAUUGACAUAUAGCAUGGACUACGCACAAGCAUAAAGAAAACAUCGGCGGCUGAAAGAAAGGAGAUAGGGACUGGUGGCGGCCAAGCCCUAUCUCUUUCGGGUAAACCAGAGAUGAGUAGGUUAUAGGUAUAUAUAGGGUACUCAUCUCUGGUAAGACCGUGGUCCAUCCUAUAUGACAAUGAACUAACCCAACUAACCUAAGGAAAAAAUUACAGUUCUGAACCACUCUGAUUUGGUGCUAAGAAUCAACACUCUUAGAUGUCGCAACAAUCAGAAAUGAUGGCGAUAAUAAGUUUUAAGAUGGUGAAGCAGGAAGAAACAUGUGCGUCAAUUGACAAUAGUGAAAGCGAAAAGACAAACUUGGGAAAUGAUAAGACUGAUACUGAAAAUGAUUCAGAAUUCGAAGAGGCGAAAAGUAAUAAUAACGUAAUGUUGACGGAGCUGCAGAAGAAGAAGAAACGGGGAAUAAUAUAUUUGUCAACCAUACCAAAAUACAUGAAUGUUACAAAAAUUCGUGAAACAUUCUCUGUUUAUGGAAAAUUAGGCAGAGUAUACUUGCAACUCGCUGAAACGGAAAUUGAUGACACAAAGAAGAAAAAGAAGAGGAAAGUACCUGCUAAACACUUUACUGAAGGUUGGGUCGAGUUCGAAAGCAAAAAAGUAGCAAAGCAUGUAGCUGCUACAUUAAAUAAUACACAGAUUGCUACAAGAAAGAAAAGUAAAUUCUUUGAUACAAUGUGGAAUAUAAAAUAUCUUCCAAGGUUUAAAUGGACUCAUUUAAGUGAACGUUUAGCGUAUGAACGUGCUGUACAUAAGCAAAGAUUACGCGCGGAAAUUGCACAGGCUAAACGAGAAGUCAACUUUUUCUCAUACAAUGUUGAUAGAAGUAAAAAGUUACGCAAAAAGCAAAAUCAAGGAGAAUCUACAAGUUUCGUUAUACCUGACAUUAAGCAGCGGGAAACAGACAUGGAGAUUCGAAGUAGAAAGAAUGAAAACAAAAAUGACGAUAGGACACAAUUUCUCAAAUCAUUAUUUGGGAAAUGAUAAAGCAUAUUGUAUUCUGUAUAUGUAUAUUCCUACUCCUUUUCGCAAAUAUAUCAAUACAUGUCUUAUAAAAAUUAUCAGCAUUAUCAAUACGCGUAUUAAAUUCAGUUAAUGUAUUAUUAGCUCAUGUUGGUAUUUUAUAUAAAUCCAAAGUUAUGAAAUUUCACAUUAAAUAACAAAUUUGAUAAAGUUGAAAUACGGAAAUCAAAACCAUCAAUCGGUAUAUUAUCAUAUCAAAGCAGCUUGAUAUGACAUGACAGUAAUAUUGAUUGCUAUUUUCUUAUUUAAAUUCCUAUGGCAUUGGCUGAUCUGUAAUAGUAAAUUUGGAAUUGGGCUACUUAUUUUUUUUCCGACAAAUUUCGAAUUGUCUUACAUUCCAUUGAUCUCAAGAAGUUAACCAAUAGGAAUGUUGCUUAUCUGAAUACAAGUUCUGCCGCAAGUAUUCUCUAAAACAUAACCUAUUAUGUUUGUGAGUAAUGAUAUUAUAAUAUGAAGAUGGUUUCGACAAAGACGAUAUUAUCAUAUUUAGGAAGAGGAAUACUGAUUGGAGGUAUAACAUAUCAGGCUUUCCAAGCUUUUGAACAAUUUCUCUUCCCAAGAUCAGGAAUGUAUCAACUAGCACUACAUCUAGUAACUAGGCAUCCUGAAGCGAUCAAGUACUUAGGAGAACCUAUAAUUGACGAAUACAUCGAUUUGAAUCUUAGUAGGAGUAAGCAGUCUAACAACAGUUGCUAUUUCUCAGUUCCUUUAAAGGGAUCGAACGCAGCUGGAACAAUGCGCUAUCACCUGAAUAUUACAGAUACUGAAAGUAAGGAGUAUUACAUAUCAGAAAUAGACCUUUUCAUUAAUAAUGAAGAGAAGACAAAGAUAUCCAUUUUAAAUAAAUCAACUCCCAUCAAUAUGCAGUAAUGUAUUUGUUUUGAUAACAAGUUCAUAUGUUUCAUAGUAUGAUUCUUUAACAGUAAUAAAGAUCGUCUUUAUAUCUGUAACUAUUCAGGAUCUUAUUAAUGAACUACAAUUGGAAGACUUAGAAUCUUAAGAUGAAUAUUUAUCUAAACUAUCUACCAUUAAAAAUAAGUUAUUAGUAAUAUAAUUGCGAAUGAAUCAUACAUAUUCAUGUACAUUAUUUAUAACGUUCUAAUGUUUCGUCCUGUAUACAGAUAACCGCAUCUCUUAAACAUUAACCAGUCUCAUCGAGUCUGCAGACCCGUUCUCAUUUAACCUUUUCUUUUGGAAAUUGAAUAAGCCUGCUACCAAGACUAAGAGAUAAUUAAGUUUGCGAUACGUGCCGGCCAUACGCAAGAUAAAUAUUUUUCUGUGUAGUAAUAGCCGCAUUUCUACUACCAGUGCCAUACGGCAAUAUCUACGAUUUGCGAAAAAUACAAACAUUAAGGAUAGGGCAGCUUUUGAUAUGCGAAAGUAAGUAGACAUAAAAAUAAAGUUGUGGUUCAAUUCUUGAAACAAGAUAAAAAUUCUAUUUAGUAGCGGAAAAAUAAUUGAAAAUAAAAUUAAAAGAAGAAAAACCUGUGAAAGUAUAACACUCAUUUGUUCUCAGUCCUUCGUUAUAUUUGAUCAAAAAUCUUUAUACUUAUCUAGAAAAUUAUCAGUUCGAAAAUUCUCCCCUGCACGUGGACUAUUGAAUUGCCCAACUAAUUAAAAAUGAAAGAAUGA